GAGAUUGUACUUCAAAGAACGUGUUAUAAGCAGAGAUUUCUUCAUCGUCUUCUUAGUCAUAUGUUCUGGUAUAUGAGGCCAAAGCAGAGGGCGGCCGAGAAAGUACCAAAUUAUUCUAAGUUUCUUCAGCUCAAGAAAAGGCAGCUGGAACUGACAGUAAAAGAAUGAAGAAUAUUAUCUUAAAGUAUAUUGCUGCUGUUUUCAUAUUUAUCAUUAUUAUAUUCUUAAUCUGUAAUGAAUGACACCCAGCUUUAUUGAACAUUGUCCAAAACGGAGCAGGAUUUUGUGAGAACAUGUAGAGCCAGAGAAUGAAACAAAACAUAACCCACUAAACACAUGUACUUUGUGUUUUGAUUUCAAACAGUAAAAGAUAUCUUUGGUAAUAAUAUCAAUGCCUUUCCAGUGAAAGCCCAGAGAUCUGGAAGCUGCCUGCCAUUUAGCAAAGCUUAUUCAUCCGACCACUGGUGCACCUCACACUGAAAGAUGAACAUCACCCCUGAAGUGCUGGAACUCCUGCUACAGAAGUACAAUUUGUCCCGAGACCAAUUCAUCACAAUGUUUCAAUUACAACCUUUGGUUUUUGUGCCAAGACUACCAACUAUUCUUCAGCCAAUUUUUGGUAUUCUGUACAUGGCAAUAUUUUCUGUAGCACUGGGUGGAAAUAUCGCUGUACUGCUCCUGCUCUGCCGCAAAAAAGCUCUGAAGUCCACCAGCACCUUUUUUGUUUGCUCAUUGGCCCUCAGUGAUCUUCUCAUCUCUCUUGUCUGCAUCCCAAUCACAUUUCUGCAGCACUUCUCCACCAAUUGGCUGGCUGGGGGAUUCCUCUGUAAGCUGGUACCCUUUCUUCAGGUAACAGCAGUCUCAACGAGCAUCCUUACUAUGACCUGUAUUGCAGCAGAACGUUUUCAAGGGAUUUUAUAUCCUUUGCAGUUGGGAAACAUAUACUCUCCUAUUCGGGCCACUAAAAUGCUUGCUGGUGUGUGGCUGAGCUCCUUGGCAAUUGCAUCUCCAAUGUGGUAUGCGCACAAAGUUGAGAUCAAGUAUGACUUUCUGUUUGAUGUCCACUAUACCUGCUGCCUGGAAGUAUGGCCUCUUCCCUGGCACAGGCAGGUCUACACCACCGUUCUCCUAGUACUUAUGUUCCUAGUUCCUAUGGGGACAAUGGGAAUCCUCUAUGGAAAGAUCAUCCAUGAGUUAUGGUGCAAACAUCGCAUCCAUGAUGUCAUGUUCCAAGCACUCCCAGGAUCUGAAAUUAACAAAAUUACCAGGAAGAGGAAACGUGCAGUGAAAAUGAUGGUUGUGGUGGUGCUGCUAUUUGUGAUCUGCUGGCUACCUUUCCACUUGGUGUCGGUGCUCUCAGACUUUGGACACUUGCACAUGAAUGAAGAGCAAGAGUUCCUUCUCUAUGCAGCAGUGCAAGUCAUUGGUUUCAGCAACUCUGUCUGCAAUCCGGUGGUGUACGCCGCACUCAACGAGAAUUUCAAGAAACACCUCUUGUGUUUGCUCAUGCAAGGGAUCGUCUGCCGGAGAGGCCACUGCUUUGGCAGCCGGGGAGUGAGAGUGGGCAUCUCGACGGUGGAAUCACAGCACCUUGGGGAGCCUACGGAGCAGAGCCUGUUAGGAAUGGGCCGGCACACUAGCCGAAUCGCCUGGGAACUUGAACCGCAUGCCUCCAGCUCCUUCCCCCAGGUGCACCUCUUCAGAGCUGUGAAUAAGCAACACAGUGACCCCUUAUUACUGAGUGUCACUGACCCCCUCAUGCCUCCCACCCAUGAAUCGUGAAAGGGAAGUCAAAUAAAAGAGAUCCAUCCUUGUUUUACCUGAUUAGUGUUGGCUUUUAAGUGAUGUCUUGGUUUCUGUCUGUGAAAUCAAUUCAGUGGAUAUGUCAUCAAGCCACAAUACAUUGCCUAAGACUGGUAUGUCUGCCAGGCUCAGGAAAGAGAAAGAAAGAGAUGGAGCAUUUUAGUCUGAGAUCAACUCAUUCUUGACAUUUAACAAUACAAAGAACAAUCCUGGCUUUGUAUUUUAGAAGGUAAUUUGGUUGUGAUCCUUUACUGUACGCAGAUCCUCAGUGUAUGAUAAGACAAUCAAGACACAGAAAUUGUACUUCUGCAGCCAAAAAAAAACUGAAUGACUUUCAUUCAUUGAAUCACACGGUUGUCUUUUGAGCUUUAAGCCUUUGGAUUCUUUGUAAAAACCUAACUGUUGAUUCUGAAACUCAAGGCGACAACGUAAAUUUUUAUGUCAGGCUGUCAGAGCCAAAAAGAAUUGUAUGCCUUCAUUGUUCGUCACAAGAAAACUGGAAUUCUCCGUAACAUAUCACUAAACUUGUAUCUUUUGGAAAUCAUCUCAGAAAUUACAAAUGUUUGUAUGCCAUUACUUUAUAAAUCUUUUCAGGCUGAAUUGUUUUCUUCUUCUUUAUCUUGACUGUAUGCUGAUAAUUAUUUUCAGAAAAACUCCCUCUUUGUGAAAAAUGUCAGCAUCUUUUUUUAAAUUGCUCAAAUUAUGGAAAACGGACGAAUAAAGCAAUGCUAAUCACUCUGUUUGCAA